GACAGAUUCUCUUUGUCUUGAAUGCUGAGUGGUUGUUAGUUUCGCUGCUUUGCAGAGCAUUACUACAUUUUCUUCAAAAAAUUUCUCUUAAACAGAUUAAUACUGUUUUAAAGUGCAGUUCAAAGUAUUAUUUGCGGGUUAUAACAAUGCCAAGCAUUAAAGUCUUAGAAAAUAACAAAAGCGGCUCUCCCGAGUCAAUUCAUAACGCGAUUGAAAGUGGAGGAAAUGAAGGAUUCAAUAGCAUUAAAGAAACCCAGCAGACUACUAAUCCCGCUGUCGUCAACAACGGGAAUACCAAGGAUCAACCGGCGAAUCCAUUGCAACAAAUAAUUCUGAUAAUUGAACACAAAAUCCGUAACCUGGAAAAACGAAAGAACAAACUCGAGUCGUAUAAAACCAUCGAAAAAUCCGGAAAGAAACUAACUAGUGAUCAAAAAGUAGCUGUCUCUAAGUAUGACGAAUGUUUGGCCUCGCUGGAGCUAACACGAGAGCUUUGUAAGCAGUUUCAAUCGAUUGCAGCAGUAGCCAAUAGAGAGGCAAAGAAGGAGGCAAAACGAAGCGCAUUCGUGAGAGCUCAGCAAGAAAAUGCAAAAAUACGUGAAGUUUUAGUGAUUCAAGAUGUUCUUAAACGAAUUUGUACGGAAACGGUGCGUAACGACUUUGUCAAUGGUGAAAAUGGAGCAUGCAAGGUUUCAGACGAUGAUUUACUGGUGCUUGAGAAAAUCUACGAAGUCGUCCAGCCGAAGCGUCCUGAAAACACUGCAGAGCCAACGUUUGUCACUACAAUUAAACAAGCAGCGGAUCAUUUGUCGGCUAUUGUUGACGGCAGAAACAAGUCGUUCAAUGAAUCUACUUAUGGAUCCAUUAAAAAUGUCAUCGAUGAGAUUCAAAACUGCGGGUAUUUUGAGAAAGAUUUGAUUGUCGUUGAAGAACAACUUGAGGCUGACAAGGAUGGAAAAACUACCCCAGCAGAUACAAGCGAACCUGUUGGUGAGAUUAAACCAAACGAUAUUUGUGCGAACGUCGAUGCUGAGAAUUUGAAACCAUCAAUUAUUGCCGAUACAGAUAUUACUUCAACAAACAGCAAUGAAGUAAACAGAUCGUAUGGAUUUACAGAGGCACCAGCAGCUGAAGCAGUGCCUACUCCAUCCUUUCCAAUUCAACAAUCUUCGUUAAGGAAUAAUUCGGCGCCAUUUUCUAAUUCCACUGACACUUGUUCUGUACUGGCAGCACUUAUUCCACCUUCCAAUUCUACGAAUAGUGCGAACUGUGGAAAUGUGCAAACAAACGCUAUAAAUAUUCAACAUGCGGCACCAGUAAUUCCCUCUGGACCUGUGGCAGUCUCACCGUUGCAAUCAGUUCCGGGACAUCAACUAAGUGCAACUACGGUGCAAGCAGUUGAGCAUGCCUAUUUCAAACAGCAUUACAUUCAACAGCAAAUGCGACCAAUUCACGAAGUUAUUGGCACUGCCAAUUUUUAUUUUUUGCAAGAGUCUGAAAUCGACAAGCCAGAUAUUGUUGCAACACCGGGUCGUUAUGAGAAUACCUCCGUCAUCUCACACGAUUUGGCAACAUCUAAACCAGUAGUUCCGAAGCAACAACAGCAACCAUCUCAAAUGAAUCUAAAUCAUUUGAAUAGCUCAACAAACAUGCAGCCAAAUAAUCAAUCAACAAUUAAACCAAACCACCCGGCAAAUUCGUCAACUCAACAUCAGCUACCGUCAGAAACGUUGCAGUCAUCUACAUUCAGCAAUCAACCUUUUAUAACCGCCGGUGGCAGUACCUUUAAUCACAUGCAUCCACAAAGUGGCCAGCACACAGGUGUAAAACAGCAAACGACCGUCAAACCACUGAUUGUUUCGAAAACAAAUGAAUUGAACCACAUUCCAGGAUUUACGUCGUGUAACACAACUGUUGUUUCAACGCAAACUGUUCUCCCAAAUGCUCAAAACAUGAACCACGUACAGGCACAGCCGCAGCAUCAGCAGCAACAAAUACUACAAAACCACGCACAAGUUCAAAGACAGCCUGAGCAAAACGUAAAAAUGAACCAAACUGCCGGGAAUGCAAAUCAAACAAGUUCAAUUUUGAGUUCUUCUUUUAACUCCAGUAUUCAACAGUUUCCUUCACUUAUGCAAGGAAUGCACGAUUCAACCAACACUGUAGGAACAAACAUAGUCCAAAAAAUGUCAACACUGGUAGUUGAUACUCCAACAGAAAAGCUCAAAUCAGCAAUGAAAUUAUCAGAAAAUUUAGUUAUCAAUCAGUCAACUAAAACUAUGCAGCAGACAAAGCAACGUGAUGAAUGGAACGGUAGCACCGAUUUUACCGCAACAUUGGCCAAGCCCGAUGAGCAAUGGACGAGCAGUCCUGUGCUUAUAAAUUCCAGCAGCGAAAACUGUACUCUCGAUAAUAGUCAAUUUGUUUUAUCAAGGCAAUCGCAUCACCAAAAGCCCCAUUCAAACUCAAGUAGUUCAGUUGGUACUGGUGUUACGAAUCGGUUAGAGCACAAUGGAACCACAACAACUAACUUUGUAUCAAACAGUAAUAGCAUUCACGAUACUAAAGCGAAUCAUUCGCAGCCACGAUUUACAACAGAGAAUGAAAUGAACAAUACGACGUCAACAUUUUUUAAAAACAACGAAAGAUAUUAUCAGCAAAACAACAGUAGCAGUUUUGGAUCUAAUAAAACAAAUUCUUCGUAUCACCAACGAAGUUCUAUGUUCAAAAGCCGCCCGGAAAGUAAUGGAAAUGGAACGGCACGCAGUAGUGGAUUUGGACCGAUGGGAGCAGGAGUGAAUAAUCAAACUGCGGGUACAAAUAACAAUAAUGAUGGAAUUGUAGACUAUCGUUCAAAUCGUCCGGUGAAUAGUACCCGAAACACAGGACCACCUACCAACGCCCGAUCGCAACGUAACCAUUCCGGAAACGGCAAUUAUGGAGGACCGAGAGGAAGUUCUGGCUCAAAUUCUAGAGGACAGUCCACACUGAACGCGUAAAACACACAACCCACCCACAUAAAUAUUACGAAUGCUAAAAUGAAAUAACCCUUAUCAAUUUCUCAAUGGUAAUACAUACUUGAUAUGCACGUGCAUGGUUGCUGUAUUUGUAUGGUAGGUGAACCGUUUCAGAAAUUCUGGCAUAAUAAAAAUGACAAAUUAUGAAGAUUAAUAAAAUACAUCAUAUACCGUAUUAUACUAAAUAUUGCUUUUCAUCCAGUUAUGCAUACAGUAAUAAUGAAAGCCGUUGAAUAAACACUUUGAGUGUAAAAUGCAAA